UUGCAUUGCUUUAAGCGCUAAACAACCUCGCAUUGUUUCCCUUUCCACCAAACAGGUCGCACGCCUACUUAAUUUCCCACUGCCCUAUAUAAUAUACUACAUGACUCCAUUGCUGCGGCCUUUUGGCACCUCCCAAACAAUAUAUAUAAACGCAUCAUCUCCUGUGCCACUAUUCUGGUUCUAGGGCCUUCGGUCGCAACAUCUCUAGCCGAGACAUUGACUUGAGCAAAUCUUAUCGACCUCUCCCACUCCCCACGCCGCCUUUUACGCUUGAAUCAGCAUACCCGUUUGGGCAGCAGCAGCAGCAGCGCGGAUCGAGAUCGAUCGAACCAUCGAGGUGGAGUGGCCAGAGUAGUAGCUAGCUAGCAAGGCGGCGGCCGGCAUGAAGGUGCAGUGCGACGUGUGCGCGGCCGAGGCGGCCUCCGUCUUCUGCUGCGCCGACGAGGCCGCGCUGUGCGACGCGUGCGACCGCCGCGUCCACCGCGCCAACAAGCUCGCCGGGAAGCACCGCCGCUUCUCCCUCCUCCACCCCUCGCCGUCGACGACGUCCUCGUCGGCGCAGACGACGAAGCCGCCGCUCUGCGACAUCUGCCAGGAGCGAAGGGGGUUCUUGUUCUGCAAGGAGGACCGGGCGAUCCUGUGCCGGGAGUGCGACGUGCCGGUGCACACCGCGAGCGAGAUGACGCGGCGGCACAGCCGGUUCCUGCUCACCGGCGUGCGCCUCUCGUCGGCGCCGGUGGACUCCCCCGCCGCGUCAGAGGAGGAGGAGAACAGCGGCAGCCCCUGCAACGCCGACUCCUGCAGCGGCGGCGGCGCCACCGCCACGGCGAGCGCGAGCGACGGGAGCAGCAUCUCCGAGUACCUCACCAAGACGCUGCCCGGGUGGCACGUCGAGGACUUCCUCGUCGACGACGCGUCCGCCGGCGCCCUGGGCGCCUGCUCCAACGACGUCCUCUAUGACUAUCAGCAGGAAGAGCAAGGGCAGAUCGGCAGUCUGCUGCAAGAAGCUUACACGCCGUGGACGGGGCAGGAGCAGCUGCUCGCCGACGUCGUUGUCACCACCGACGAGCGGGCCAGCCGGGAGCGGUGGGUGCCGCAGAUGCACGCGGAGUUCGCCGGCGGCAGCAAGCGGCCCCGACCGUCGCCUCCCUGCCCGUACUGGUGAAAAGCUCGCCGUCUUUUCAGUAAUAUGGUGAUGAUGAUCUGUACUAGACUACUACUACCGUACUACUAGAAGGUAGCUAGGAACGAUGGAAAUGAAAAAAGAAAGCGAUAAACGAAACGGACCGGUGCUUCUCUAUUGCAUCAAUUGUGUCAAUUUCGAUCGAGCUCUUGCAAA